CACUCUUAUUUCACCAUCCCAAAUAACUUAUCUAAAUGCACAUUCCUGGAGGACACAGGGAGACAAUUUAAGUCAGUGGUCUUUAAUAUGACUUAAGUAAAAAUCACUUGGACCCAUCUAAGAGAUUGACUUUUGGCUGGUGGGCUGGCAAUCGAUAAUUUUUUUUUUUUUUUUUUUGAGACGUGGUCUCGCUCUGUUGCCCAGGCUGGAGUGCAGUGGCGCGAUCUUGGGUCACUGCAAGCGCCGCCUCCCGGGUUCACGCCAUUCUGCUGGGACUACAGGUGCCUGCCACCACACCCGGCUAAUUUUUUGGUAUGUUUUAGUAGAGACAGGGUUUCACUGUGUUAGCCAGGAUGCUCUUGAUCUCUUGACCUCGUGAUCCGCCCGCCUCGACCUCCCAAAGUGCUGGAUUACAGGUGUGAGCCACCGCACCCGGCCGGCAAUUUAUAAUUUUUAAAAGGUGAUUUUGAUUACAGUCAGGCUUGCAAAUCACUGGUUUGUAUUGAAACAAAAGAUAUUUUCUUGUAGCAGGGCUAAAAUGUGGGAUGAAACAUUAAAUCUACUAGCCUGAAAAAAAACUUCAGCAUUUGUAAUCAAAGAAGCUAAAAGUUGCCUUGUGUGUUUCCUCUGGAGAAUGCUGGAGAUUUGUGAUGGAUAAUGUUUCAGAAUUCAGGUGCCUAUGCUUUGGACCAUUUAAGAAGCCAUUAGUCUCUGUGUAAAGAAGAGGUAUUCUUAAUGGACAGUCCCCCCAACCUUAUAAAUUCAGCUUUGCAACAGAUUUUACCUCCUAGGAUGAAAAUUCCAAAAACUUUAACAAUUAUUCGUAAGUGGAUCUUGAGAUGACAUUUUCAUCUUGGACAGUUUGAAUUCUAAAUCUCUAGUUCUCAGUGAAUCAUUUUUUAAAUUUUUACUGAUGGAUCGUUAUUUUUCACAAGGUACUACAUUUUUACAGUGUAAGACUAGAUGGGACCAAAAUUUUUUAAAAAAUUUGUUGCCUUGUUUUUUAAAUUUUCAUAUAUAUUCUAUUUGUUGUAUAUACACAUUAGACUAUUUUAAAAUAACAGCUGGUUUUUGUAAUUCAUUCAGUCACUCUAUAUUCUUAUAUUCUGGUCAUUAUUCUCUCAUUUAUAGCUGUGACAUGCUUUGGACAUUGCUUCCCUGGCCUGAUUAGUUACUUAAUAUAAUUUUUUCAUUUGCUUAGCAUGUGUGACAUAGUUCUGGAGUUUCCUGUUGCAGAACUCCUUGCUGUAUUGCAGUCAUAUAUAAGGACCACCAGAGGCUCUGUCACACUUGCAGUCCCUGGCCCAACACCGAAAUCCUGCUGGAAUCUGUGCUCCGGGGGCUGUGCCGGGUAGAGAGGGCAGUGGGAGUGCCAGGGCAGGGGCCCUUGGAGUGACUUGGCCGGAGUCUGGGGCCCGACCACCCUGCCCUCUCUCAGGACCCGGGCUUUCUGCUGUGCAGACCCUCGCGGGCAGCCUCCCCUCGGAACUCGGACAGCAUGGCCUCAGACUAGCUGGAAGGACCAGCUAGCCUAGACUUUGGCUUCUUUGCCCUGGAGCCGUGGCAUAAUGGGGUGAGGGCUCUUGGUGGGUUAGUGAAGAGCUGGGGGCUGGCCCUUCCCCAUCUUCUUUUCCACCCACUCCCUCCCCCGCCCCCCGCCAAGCCCAGCCACCAUCAGUCACGUCACUCCUGGGACUGAGGAGGGAGGGGAGGGAUAGGGGGCAGAGAUGGAGGCCCCACUCCCCGAGGUUGCCUAGACAACAUGAGAAAUCGUGGCCAGGGCCUCUUCCGCCUGCGGAGCCGCUGCUUCCUGCAUCAGUCACUCCCGCUGGGGGCGGGGCAGAGGAAGGGGUUGGAUGUGGCAGAGCCAGGCCCCAGCCGGUGCCGCUCAGACUCCCCCGCUGUCGCCGCCGUGGUCCCAGCCAUGGCAUCCUAUCCAUCUGGCUCUGGCAAGCCCAAGGCCAAAUAUCCCUUUAAGAAGCGGGCCAGCCUGCAGGCCUCCACUGCAGUUCCAGAGGCUCGGGGUGGUCUGGGGGCCCCUCCGCUGCAGUCUGCCCGAUCCCUGCCGGGCCCCGCCCCCUGCCUCAAGCACUUCCCGCUCGACCUGCGCACGUCUAUGGAUGGCAAAUGCAAGGAGAUCGCCGAGGAGCUGUUCACCCGCUCGCUGGCUGAGAGUGAGCUCCGCAGUGCCCCGUAUGAGUUCCCGGAGGAGAGCCCCAUUGAACAGCUGGAGGAGCGGCGGCAGCGGCUGGAGCGGCAGAUCAGCCAGGAUGUCAAGCUGGAGCCGGACAUCCUGCUUCGGGCCAAGCAAGAUUUCCUGAAGACAGACAGUGACUCGGACCUACAGCUCUACAAGGAACAGGGUGAGGGGCAGGGUGACCGGAGCCUGCGGGAGCGUGAUGUGCUGGAACGGGAGUUUCAGCGGGUCACCAUCUCCGGGGAGGAGAAGUGUGGGGUGCCAUUCACAGACCUGCUGGAUGCAGCCAAGAGUGUGGUGCGGGCGCUCUUCAUCCGGGAGAAGUACACGGCCCUGUCCCUGCAGAGCUUCUGCCCCACCACCCGCCGCUACCUGCAGCAGCUGGCUGAAAAGCCUCUGGAGACCCGGACCUAUGAGCAGGGCCCCGACACCCCUGUGUCUGCUGAUGCCCCGGUGCACCCCCCUGCACUGGAGCAGCACCCGUAUGAGCACUGUGAGCCAAGCACUAUGCCUGGGGACCUGGGCUUGGGUCUGCGCAUGGUGCGGGGUGUGGUGCACGUCUACACCCGAAGGGAACCUGACGAGCAUUGCUCAGAGGUGGAGCUGCCAUACCCUGACCUGCAGGAAUUUGUGGCUGACGUCAAUGUGCUGAUGGCCCUGAUUAUCAAUGGCCCCAUAAAGUCAUUCUGCUACCGCCGGCUGCAGUACCUGAGCUCCAAGUUCCAGAUGCACGUGCUACUCAAUGAGAUGAAGGAGCUGGCUGCCCAGAAGAAAGUGCCACACCGAGAUUUCUACAACAUCCGCAAGGUGGACACCCACAUCCAUGCCUCGUCCUGCAUGAACCAGAAGCAUCUGCUGCGCUUCAUCAAGCGGGCGAUGAAGCGGCACCUGGAGGAGAUCGUGCACGUGGAGCAGGGCCGUGAACAGACGCUGCGGGAGGUCUUUGAGAGCAUGAAUCUCACGGCCUACGACCUGAGUGUGGACACGCUGGAUGUGCAUGCGGACAGGAACACUUUCCAUCGCUUUGACAAGUUUAAUGCCAAAUACAACCCUAUUGGGGAGUCCGUCCUCCGAGAGAUCUUCAUCAAGACGGACAACAGGGUAUCUGGGAAGUACUUUGCUCACAUCAUUAAGGAGGUGAUGUCAGACCUGGAGGAGAGCAAAUACCAGAAUGCAGAGCUGCGGCUCUCCAUUUACGGGCGCUCGAGGGAUGAGUGGGACAAGCUGGCGCGCUGGGCCGUCAUGCACCGUGUACACUCCCCCAACGUGCGCUGGCUGGUGCAGGUGCCCCGCCUCUUUGAUGUGUACCGUACCAAGGGCCAGCUGGCCAACUUCCAGGAGAUGCUGGAGAACAUCUUCCUGCCACUGUUCGAGGCCACUGUGCACCCUGCCAGCCACCCGGAGCUGCAUCUGUUCUUGGAGCAUGUGGAUGGUUUUGACAGUGUGGAUGACGAGUCCAAGCCUGAGAACCAUGUCUUCAACCUGGAGAGCCCCCUGCCUGAGGCGUGGGUGGAGGAGGACAACCCACCGUAUGCCUACUACCUGUACUACACCUUUGCCAACAUGGCCAUGUUGAACCACCUGCGCAGGCAGAGGGGCUUCCACACGUUCGUACUGAGGCCACACUGUGGGGAGGCUGGACCCAUCCACCACCUGGUGUCAGCCUUCAUGCUGGCUGAGAACAUUUCCCACGGGCUGCUUCUGCGCAAGGCCCCCGUCCUGCAGUACCUGUACUACCUGGCCCAGAUUGGCAUCGCCAUGUCCCCGCUCAGCAACAACAGCCUCUUCCUCAGCUACCACCGGAAUCCGCUACCGGAGUACCUGUCCCGCGGCCUCAUGGUCUCCCUGUCCACUGAUGAUCCCUUGCAGUUCCAUUUCACCAAGGAGCCGCUGAUGGAGGAGUACAGCAUUGCCACCCAGGUGUGGAAGCUCAGCUCCUGUGAUAUGUGUGAGCUGGCCCGCAACAGCGUGCUCAUGAGUGGCUUCUCGCACAAGGUAAAGAGCCACUGGCUGGGACCCAACUAUACCAAGGAAGGCCCUGAGGGGAAUGACAUCCGCCGGACCAAUGUACCAGACAUCCGCGUGGGCUACCGCUACGAGACCUUGUGCCAGGAGCUGGCGCUCAUCACGCAGGCAGUCCAGAGUGAGAUGCUGGAGACCAUUCCGGAGGAGGCGGGUAUCACCAUGAGCCCAGGACCUCAGUGAGCCUGGUCCAUGAAGUGCCCACCACAUCGCAGCACUUUUACCACGUUUUGUCCUCAGACCCCUCCCAUGCUGUGUGGUUUCUGCAUGUCUCCGUUCUUGUCUGUCUCUGUCUUGCAUGUCUCCGACCAUGUCACUGUCCCUGAGCCGCCCAGUGAAAGCAAAGCCUGGGAAUCUGCUCGUUGUUGUUCGGGCUCAGGUAGCACCUGACGGCCCAGGUAUUGAGGGUCCCCCCUGCUGGUGGCCCUGUCCUGGGGUCCUCAGAAGCCUGACUGUCCUGCGGGCUUCUCCAGUGUCCAUAGGGGCUUGGGAUGGUUGUGGGGGGCUGGCCCCUCUAGCCUUUCAGGUCCUUCCUGGACAAAUCUAAGCCUUGGCCAGGGCUGGAGUUUAGGCCCCUGUCUUGUUCAUGUAACCGAGGGGCAGGCGGGGGACCUGUACACCUCUGCUGUGGGCACGUGGCUGCUGAGGGUCUGUGGAGCUCCAACAGCUCCGCACUGGCUAGAGCUGGGCUGAGAGCUCAGUCACAGCCCCGGGCUUCCUGGCCUAAGUGGGUAGACGCAGGUGGCAGAGGUGCUGGACCACAUCUCCGCCAAGUCACUGCCCAGCAGCCUUCUCCGUCCUAUCCCCAGCCCACGUGCUCCUUGGGUGUCAGCUUCCUGUGCCUCUGUGGGAGAGGGCAGCUGCCUUGUGUUAUGUCUGGGGCCACGGUCGCUGCAAGGUCCUGGAUCUGCCACUCAAUGCUGGGAGUGGUGUUCCCAGUGUGAUUGCCAGAGCUUUGACCAGAUCCUGAUCCCAGCUGGCCCCUGUGUUAUGUUCUGGACCGAGGCCUUUGCUGUGAACUGCAGUGUUUCAUACGACCCAUCUUUCCUAGUGCAUGAGAAAUAAAGAUUAUUUAAUUAAUGAA